AUGGCAAACAUCAGUUCAGCUGGAGAUGUAGCACAGCCGCCGCUUGUAGGCAUAAGGGUAUUUUUCGUUGCCUUAAACGUUUUUCUCUCCAUCAGUUCAACUCUGGCCAAUACUCUUAUCCUAGUUGCCCUUCAUAAAGUGUCGUCUAUUCAUCCACCUACGAAACUCCUCUUUCGAUCUCUGGCGAUCAGUGAUCUUUGUGUCGGCCUAACUUCGCAACUGCUCUUUUGUGUAACCCUUACGGGUAGAAUAACAAACAUAAGAAACAAUCUAUUCUACUACAGCGGUCGAUUAAGUAUUAUUACAAGUUAUGUUCUGUUGAUGGUCUCUGCCUUGACAUCAACUGCAAUAAGUGUGGACAGACUUCUCGCGCUGUUGUUGAGGCUGAGGUACAGACAGACUGUGACAUUGAAGCGCGUCCGAAAGAUUGUAAUUGGCAUUUGGUUUAUUUGUUGUGUAUUAGGCGUAUGGCGACACAGUUCAUGGGGCAAAGAAUUUUCUCGGGUCACAUUCGUUGUUUUUCUUGUACUGUGUUUGAUAAUCUCUCUUCUCUCGUACAUCAAGAUCUAUCUUCUCCUGCGCCAUUAUCAAGAGCAGGUGCAAAACCACUUUCAACAACCAAACAGACCAACGAUGCCAUUAAAUAUGGCAAGAUAUAAAAGGACGGUUCAUGGCAUAGCUUGGGUACAGUUGACAUUGCUUGUUUGUUAUCUCCCCUUCUGUGUUGUGCUCAUGUUACUUUCAUACGACAAAAUACCUGAAAGUGCAUCGGGGAUGGCAGUUCGUCGUUUCACAAUUACGCUUCUUUACCUAAACUCAUCUCUGAACCCAAUCCUUUACUGCUGGAGGAUUAUAGAGGUGAAGGAAGCUGCAAAAGAUACGAUCAGAUCAUUAAACUGUUUUAAGUCCGACUAG